CCUCUCUCUUUUUCUUCCUCACCCUCCCCGCUCCAGACGGUGUCGCCCUUACUUUGCCCCUCCCUCCUCCCGCCUGUCCCAGUAAAGCGCUGCGUCCCGCUUCUGCUCGUCCUUAGCGCGGACGUCGUACCUCCAUAUCGUCACUCCUUCCUGGCCUCUCUUCUUCUUCUUCUUCCUCCUCCUCCUCCUCCUUCUGUUCUGCCUCCGCGACUUCUUUUUCCAUCCGCCAUCUUUUCCUUUCUUUUCUUUCCCUCCUCCCCGCUCUCUUUCUCCUCCCUCUUCUCCCCCGUCUCUAACCCAUUCGUCUUCAGACAGCGUGGACGGAGACCUCUGCAGGGUCACGUUGACCACGAGAAACCUCAAUCUCGGCGCCACCCACGCACCUCGUCCAACCGCUGCUCUGCAUUCGCCGUCCAAGAGCUCCUCCGCCGUCCCAACACUCAGCUCAUUGACCGCGUCCGCCACCUCCUCAGGCAUUGCCACGCCCACCAAACGUGACACUCUUCUAUCCUCGCUUGCCGGAGCUCGUCGUCAACGCACCGCAAGCAUGGCGACACAAGAGCUGCACUCGGCCGCCGAUCUGCUGCGUCAGGCGAUAAAUGUCAAGUAAGUCGGAGUCCUCCCGUCGUCGUCGUUCUGUUUCCUUUUCGACGGCCUCUUCGCCCGCCCAGAUUUUCCACAUCUUGCACCGCCCCGUGUCCUAGUCCGCCUUGCAUCUUGCGUCUUCGCCGUCCUUUUUUUGGAGGGCUUUCCGUUCAUUUCUCCCCGGCGGCUUCCAACACAACGGACCGACCGACUGCCGGUCGGAACAAUCCGAGGGCAUCUACACUCCAAUUCCAGCCGCCCGUUCCCUUCCCCGGCUUGUUCGACCGGUAGCGGGGGGGCUGGCACCUUUUUGCGGCUGUUCAGCGAAUCUCGGAUCCGAUCAGCUGGCUGCGAAAAAUGCGCCGUGUGGACCUCCAGCCAGACAUGGGCACGGCGAGUGCGGGCAUGGCGCGGGACUUUGUUCCCAGCCAGAAUCGCAGUAAAAGCCUGCCUUGUGCGGCUGUCACAUGCCUGCGCUCAUCGCCCUCAUGCCUGCCACCGCACGUUUUCAUUCCCAUUUUUCCCUUCCCAUUUUUAUUUUCCACGAGUCCACUUCCCUGAAACGUCGCACAAAGUUUUUUACCCCCCCGAAUUAGCUCGCCAGUGUCACUGGAGCCCAGUCAUCUACGACAGCCCCUCCACCGAUUUGGCGUCAAGCGCGCAAACUCGCCGCCUGACUGCUUGCUCUGUUGCCCGUCUUGUUUUGCUUUGCUUUGGCUUUGGCUUUGCUUUUGCUUGCGAUUAUGCUUUGCUGAGGCGAGGCGCUGCUACACUGCCUUCUCACGCUCUGCGUUCAUCCAUGAAUCAUUGCAUUACAUCAUGCCGCUCGUCGCUAACCCGCGUCCUCCUUUGUUUAGUCAGCGAUCACAGCAGCCACAUGACGACGACCUCGAUCACAUAGGCUCCAACGCUUCGACGCCACCGGGCGCACACACGCCGCGGCCUGAUCUGGUGGACAAGAGGCUGCCGGGCAUAAUACACAGCUACUUUGGACAGGUUUGUGACUCCUUCCGCAGCCGCCCAAAGUCUGCAAGUAGUAGCAUAGACCACACCAGCACUCUCCCUUCCUCACCCAACAGCAAGAUGGGCAGUGAGAAGCGGCACACGGACGAGAGUACGCUCGAAGGCGACAGACAGCGACAGCCGGCCUGCAAGGCCAGCGAGGCCUCGUUGCCAACAGCGCCUGCCUCGCCUACUGGUGAAGACGUGGCUGACGUGGACGAAACUGCGCCCACGCUUCUGCUACCUCAUGAGCGACUCCAGUCUCCUGCGCCGCUAGAAUCGACGGAACAGUGCCCUUCCUCCUUCUGUCCUCCCUAUCCUACCCCGCCCACAUCCUCAAGCUCGUCUGUACACAGAACGAGCAAAGACGAGCUGAGCAGCAGGAACCCCAGCAUAGACUUGCUAGUGCGGCCGACGGCAGGCAUGGCAGUGGACGGCGCAGCUGUCGCGGACCUGUCACCCAGGGGCUCGCGAAGGACGACCCUCACUACGAGCCCUCUGUCCAACGUGGUUGCCACGUCGCCUGUCGUUGCGUCACACUUCUCCAAUCCUAUUGCUGAGCUUCCCUCUUCUUCUCAAUGUCCGAGUGUGAGCCCUGCUGUAGCAUCCCUCUCUGCUUCGAGGCAUUCCUCUGCCUCUGCGCUUACUUCUGCUUCUGCUACCACCGCUGCUACCACUGCUACUACUGCUACUGCUGCCUCGUCGUCCAAUUGUCGGGAGAGUAGUAGGCUAACUCAAAGCGCUUCGGCGCCGCGAAAGCAGAACACGCCCCCUCAAACUCCACGAACGCGAUCGCAGGAAGGCACGCAAUCCGGUACCGCGACACCACGAAGCGGCAGCGAUGGGCCAAGAGGCGCGACGAUUGGGCCGGUGCUUGGCAAGCUUUCUGUAGAGAUAUCCGAAGGCAGGGGACUCAGGCCCAGCGUCGAUCCAUAUGUGGUGUGCCAAUUCCAAUGGUCCGAGUUCAUAUCGGAGGGCCCGAUAAGUCCCAGCUCGGAAAAGGCCAAUGGCGCCACCAAGUCUGGCGGUAUCGCCAUACAAAGGACACACAGUGAAAGAGGAGGCGUCCCGCAGGCGAUACCGAUGAGGAGCAGGCAAAGCAGCCACUCGGGUCGAGAUGUGUCCGGUGACUACCAGGAGACGACGGACCCAAAGUGGCACCACAAAGCUGUCUUUGAUGUGGUUGGCGAACAUUCGGAGGUCGACAUCUCCGUCUAUGACCGGUCAAACUCAGAGGCGUUUCUAGGCCACGUUCGCUUCUGCCCGAAGCUUACGGACACGGACAUUCUGGACGGCUGGUACCCCCUUGAGCCACGAGAUGAACAUGAGGAAGGCAGCGUCACUGGCGAGAUACAUCUCAAGAUGUCCUUCAGCCGGACGGACAAGAAGCACUACGGUCCGGAGGAUUUCCAGAUUCUCAAGCUGAUAGGAAAGGGUACGUUUGGACAAGUGUUCCAGGUGCGGAAGAAGGACACCGGAAGGAUAUAUGCCAUGAAGGUGCUAUCAAAGAAGGUAAUCGUUCAGAAGAAGGAGGUAGCGCAUACCCUAGGCGAACGGAACAUUCUCGUGAGGACUGCCAUGACCGACUCUCCCUUCAUUGUGGGCCUGAAGUUCUCCUUCCAGACGCCCACCGAUCUUUAUCUGGUCACGGACUACAUGUCAGGCGGCGAGCUGUUCUGGCACUUGCAGAAGGAAGGCCGCUUCAACGAGCCGAGAGCAAAGUUCUACAUUGCCGAGCUGAUUCUCGCUCUUCAACACCUCCACGAGCACGGGAUCGUAUACAGAGACCUCAAGCCUGAGAACAUCUUGCUCGAUGCAAACGGUCACAUCGCUCUGUGUGACUUUGGCCUGUCAAAGGCCAAUCUUGCCGACUCGGAUACCACUAACACGUUUUGCGGUACUACCGAGUACCUUGCGCCGGAAGUUCUGCUCGACGAAUCCGGCUACACGAAGAUGGUCGACUUUUGGUCCCUCGGUGUGCUGGUCUUCGAGAUGUGUUGCGGCUGGUCGCCGUUCUACGCCGAGGACACGCAGCAGAUGUACAAGAACAUUGCCUUCGGCAAGGUGCGGUUCCCACGUGACGCGCUCAGCACGGAAGGUCGCAACUUCGUCAAGGGCCUGCUGAACCGCAACCCGAAGCACCGUCUAGGCUCGCAGGGCGACGCCGAAGAGCUGAAGCAGCAUCCCUUCUUCGCCGAUGUGGAUUGGGAUGCCCUGAGCAAGAAGAACGUUGUUCCUCCCUUCAAACCGAAGCUGAAGGGCGAGCUCGACGUGUCCAACUUCGACCCCGAGUUCACCAAUGCGCUGAACAACCCGACGGGGUCGCUGAACGCGCGAGCUGCCGCGCUAGCGUCUGGCGUCAACCCAGCAAGCACGCCACUCAGCCCGACCGUUCAGGCCAACUUCAAAGGCUUCACGUUUGUGGACGAGAGCGCCAUGGAGAAGCAGUUUGGUCGAGGGGAUCGGGAAGAGAUGGACAGAAUGGACGAGGACGACGACUGGGAGAAGGUGGAUUCUGACCGCAAGGGCGAUAGGAUGAGCGGCAUCCAAAGCGACGACGUCUUCAACCACGGAGGAUUUGACGACUGAAGACUGUCGCUUGAUGUCCUGGUCUAACUAUGCCCCCUUCUCGUUGCCUUUUGUUUCCACCUCGUUCUUUUCCUCUAAACGUUCUACGCCGUCUUGCACAUUGUACUCGUGCACAAACUUCGUCCACACGCACGUCCGCACCCACCCAUUCUCUCACUCCCUCACUCACUCCCUCCCUCCCUCCCUCACUCACUCCCGCAAUCACACAGGGCUGGCUACCCUCGCGCAGAAAGGUAGCCUGUCUUGCGGUCACGCCUACAUUAAAAAAAAUAUGCUGCUCUCACCACAAAAGUCAUCUGUAAAGCGGUCGGCAUUCUAUCGUAUGUGUGCCGCCAUACUGUUUUUGCCACGGGUCCCUUUCAUAGCCUUUUGGCGCUCUGUACACACCACGUUACGACCGAUCAAUGAAUACAAGCACUCACGCACACACACACACCGCAUAAAGAAAGAGAUGCAUAACAACCAGGGGGUACCAUGAGCGGGGGAAACGGUAUUUCUGACCGUCUGCAUUUUUCCCCUCGUCAAUUUUUUUCUCGUUUAUGUCUGCAUGGGAACGGUGUUUCAUCUCAUUCAGCGCUUGUUCUUUUGUCGACUGAUUGCUGCGCUAUGUCGCCGUUUUCGACUAUCGUUUCCCAACGUAACUGUCAUCGCGAUGAAUGCAAGUGGGAGGAACAAUUUUACCUUUUUUUUUUCUUUUUCCUUUGGCACACGAUUAGUCGUGUUGUCUUACGUCGUAAUGCUGUACAUGCACUAAACGACGGGAGGAUGCAGUGAUUGUAUAUAUGAUGGACGACGAAGUCGCUAUAAGCAAAGCAGAAGCGAAUGACCCAAAAAGUUCUUUGAUAACGACA